AACAAAUACUUGAAAUGUUUCGAGACCCUCGUUGUCUCUUUAUUUGAACACUUUACAAAGAAGAGCGUAGACUGACGGGUCGUGUGAUUUAUCUGUGUGGAAUAUAGGAAUAAACGAUUUAAUAACAUGGCUGAACAACUCACAGAAGAACAAAUAGCAGAAUUUAAAGAGGCAUUUAGCCUGUUUGACAAGGAUGGCGAUGGUACGAUAACCACUAAAGAGUUGGGCACUGUGAUGAGGUCAUUAGGUCAAAAUCCUACAGAAGCAGAACUCCAAGAUAUGAUAAAUGAGGUGGACGCUGAUGGAAACGGAACUAUAGAUUUCCCAGAAUUCCUUACAAUGAUGGCGAAAAAAAUGAAAACAGAAGACUCAGAAGAUGAACUUCGAGAAGCUUUCCGUGUUUUUGAUAAAGACGGCAAUGGAUUUAUCAGUGCUGCUGAGUUAAGACAUGUAAUGACAAAUCUAGGAGAAAAAUUGACUGACGAGGAAGUAGAUGAAAUGGUGAGGGAAGCAGAUCUGGACGGCGACGGACAAGUAAAUUACGAUGAAUUUGUCAAAAUGAUGCAGUCAAAAUAGAAGGAAUCUCAUUUAGUAGAAGAAAGCGUUUUCAAGCCUGAGCUAUUUUUGUGACAUUUUGAUCCUAAUUGAUCGUAACGUUAAAUCAUAAACAUUUUAUUCCACACAUUACCAACGAGUAUAAUUAUUUGCAGGACAAUAAACAGGUCAAAUGCUUUGCAAUCAUUCAAUGUUCAUACCAUGUUAAUAUCAUGCAUUUCUUAGAUGUAACUGGGUGUUAUUGUUUGUUAUACAAUUUCUAGGUUUUUGUGAAAUACAUGCUGUAAAUAAUAA